AUAUAAUUUUGUUAUGUCUGCUGCAUUUGAUAGUGGUGCACAAAUUAUGACAAUAGUUGCUUUCAUAUGCCUUACUGGUAUUGUGAAUGUACCAUUUCCAACUUGGUGGGGUAAUGACCCGUCAUCUGAAAGUGAACAUUGCUCUUAA